CUGAAGACAAAUGAUCGGACAUGGAAGCCGUCAGUCAAGCCAACGCCACGCAGGACGAGCUCCGCCUCUUCGGCCAGUCCGACGACGACCCCGGCGACCCCAGUUACCAUGACUACGGCUCCAGCACCGCGGCCGGUCCUUCCCUGCUGCCCCCGCCGGUGGACUUUGAGGGAGUAAAUUUUCCAGAGGACUCCAUUAAACUGCUGAGUGUUCAGGUGGUGGUGAUCCUGGCCUACAGUACCAUCAUAGUGCUGGGGGUUCUGGGUAAUUCUCUGGUCAUCUACGUCAUCUACCGCUUCAAGACGCUACGCACCGUCACCAACUUCUUCAUAGCUAACCUGGCUGUUGCUGACCUGCUGGUCAACACGCUGUGCCUCCCCUUCACUCUGGUCUACACCCUGCUGGGAGAGUGGAAGUUUGGCAGCGCCCUCUGCUUCCUGCUCCCCUACGCCCAGGGGCUGGCCGUGCACGUCUCCACGGUAACGCUCAACGUCAUCGCCCUGGACCGUCACAGGUGUAUCGUCUACCACCUGGAGACACGGAUGCGGAAGGAUGUGUGUUUCGGGGUGAUAGCGCUGACCUGGGUGCUGAGCGCGGUGCUCGCCAGCCCUCUGGCUAUCUUCAGAGAGUACGGCUCCUUCUCUCUGGAACCUGGACACACCAUCCAGGUUUGCACUGAGAAGUGGCCCGGCAAAAACACGGACGGCACCGUGUACAGCAUCUCCAUGUUGAUCCUCCAGUACUUCCUGCCCCUGUCCAUCAUCUCCUUCGCCUACGUCCGCAUCUGGUCCAAGCUGCGCGGCCACGUCAGCCCGGCGGCGGUCAGCGGCAACGGCGGCGGCGGCGGCGGCGGCAGCAGCGCCGGCUCGGAGCGCCACCGGCGGCGGCGCAAGACCACCAAGAUGCUGGCGACCAUGGUGGUGGUGUUCGCCGUCAGCUGGCUUCCCUUCCACGCCUUCCAGCUGGCCACCGACAUCGACAGCUCCGUGCUGGACAUGCGCGACUUCCGCCUGCUCUACACCAUCUUCCACGUGGUCGCCAUGUGCUCCACCUUCGCCAACCCGCUGCUGUACGGCUGGAUGAACCGCAACUACCGCGCCGCCUUCCUCGCCGUCUUCAAGUGCCGAGGAGGGGGGCGAGGCGUCGAGAGGGGGAGGAGCAGCCGGCUCGACAGCGUGCAUCCCGUUGGCGGCGGAGGAGGCGGCGGAGGGCGCGGAGGCAGCAGCGGGAAGAGGAAGAAGAAAGUGCUGGAAGCGCAGGAUGUGGUGUCCACCCGUCUGAACGCCACCGAUGUGUGAGGGAGAGGGAGAAGGAGAAAAAAACCUGAGAGAGAGAGAGAGAGAGGGGAGAAAGAUGAGG